AUGGAAAUCCCGCCGUAUGCCGUAUUUGUGCUGCUUCUGGCCAUUGUCCCGGCUCAGUACUACUUGUCGCCGAGAUCUACUUCUGAUAUCAAAUAUCACUUGCACAGGUCCGAUCUGUUCUCAUUUAUUCAUGAAAAACAUCAUUUAUCAUUUUUUUUUUUUCUGGUUGAAAAACUUCUCGACAAAACAAAAAUUUUUUAUCGCAAAUUUUGAACCGUAGAAUGUUCUAUUUUGUAGUCCAUUUCUGUUAUUUUUUUUCAUGCUUUGCGCUGGUUUUUUUUUUUUUUCCUCGUUUUUUUUUAAAAAGGAAGUCUGGAAAAAUACGCUUUGAUUUUUCGAUUUUAUGCGCUCUGUUGCUAAUUUUCAUUCAUCAAAAAAUUAGUUUUACCUGAAAAUUAAAUGGAAAAAGAAAUCUUGAUACUUUUUAUAAAGAAAUUUUCAACGCUUACCUUGUGAUUUGCCAAAAUUUGUCUGUUUUUUUUCAAAUGUCAAUGGAGAAAAUGAGGUUUUUUGAGACCUGAACAAGUAUUUCAAAAAGUUAAAAUCUUCUCUCAGUUUAAAAAAAGAAAUCUUUCUCUUUUUUUGUCUUCUUGAAAAAAAAUUUUACUUUUUUUGAUUUUAAAUUUGGUUCCAGAAUAACUUCUUAUAUACAUUUUACCUAUAUACUCCCCUGGUGAGAUAAAUAAAACAUUAUUUUCAAAUUCACCGGCUUUUCUAAUCCUAAAGCCUCUAUACUUUCAGGAUUUUUCGGUAGAAUAAAAAAAAAGUCCAAUUUCUUUUUGGUCGAAAGUUUAGACUUCAAACUCUUCAGCGCCAUCGACAGUUUGAAGUCUUUCUGGAGGCAAUACCGGGCGAGGAUGUUGAAGAUCGAUUAUGUGGAGCCUGAAGAAGACAUCAACGCUGUUCCUUUGGAAACGGAGACGGACGUCGCCACGACGCCUUUUUAUGGAUGUGAGUCGCAUUUGGAAUGGCUCUUGGCGUCGCGGUUGCCGGGGCUACCUCGCACUUUGAAGCUGUCAACCCGGAGCGACGCGAUCUUGGAAAUAAGUGAAAAUGUAGGGAAAGAAAAAUGGCUCUUUAGACAUUCUUAUCAGCAGCUCUAAGGGUCGCUUCUAGCUGCGUUGGACCGGGAACAAGUUGCGCGCGAAGAUAUCCUAAAGAGUUUGAGAAAGUUCCUUCUGGACCAUAUUUUAUAGAGGGCUUUUUUGACGAUCUAACCUCUUCCCUUCCCAUCAACAGGUUCUGAUUGCUUAUAGUUGCGUCGGACCUGAAACGAGUUGCGCGAGGAGAUAUCGCAAAGCGUUAAAGGACGCUGUUUCCAGCCACAACGCGGUCGCGACGCUCCUAGUCAUUCCAGUUGAAUCCAAAAAUUAUCUCUUAUACUUUUAAUUGAAGUUAAUUCCCUGGAUAGUUUUUCUUAUAAGUAGGCUGCAACCAGAAGGCAUAAUUCCAAUCGAUAUUUCGUCCAUACCUCAAGGAAAAAAUAGAAAAUAAAUAAAGUUCCCAGUACACUUCAAAAAAGUCCGAAACCGUUUGAAACGAAGUUAUUUUUUUUUCAGUAGGACGAUACCUACGCGAUCGAGCCCCACAUGUUGAAUUUCGCGUUGGCGAAAUCGUCAAACAUGUAAUUUUUCUCAGUUCUCAUCCAUUUUUCUGCGAUUUUGCAGCAUAUGGGUUUUCGUGGUGUUGUUGUCGGUUGGGACGUGAAAGCCCGAGCUCCGCAGGAUUUCAUCACGAAAGUUCACAAAGGAAAUAAGGUGAAUAAUGGUAGGAAAAGACUUGAAUCAGUAUUGUAGGCUGGAAUUGGGCAUACACCGAAGGCGGUUUUUGUGCUAUGACUUUCUCAGGAAAAGUGGUGCUUAGAGAGCUUAGAGGGCUUCGAAAGUUCCUUUCUAGGGACCGCCUUACGUACCCCUAUAGGGGCACUAAGGUUGCAAAAGUGAAAACUCCAGGGGAGCAUGCUUGGCCCUUUAUAAAAAAAAAUAUUGAGACCACUAUAGGGACUACUUAAGCUUUAAUGGCUUAGAAGUAAGAUCCUAAAUCUCUUUAGGACUCACAUAAGUUCUAGUCCCGAGCAUUAUUUUGCUCACUCUAUGGGCUGUUUGAUCUAUUCGCCACUCUAGGGACCACUUUGGGGUUCUUUAGUUAUUUAAAAUUUAUGCAACUUUGAAGUAAAGAACUUUCUUUCUCAACUUUUUCAGAGAUUGAAAUUUAGUUGAAAAAAAAACUUUUUGAGAGAUUUUUUUUAAAGUUGAUCUUUUUUUGGUUUUCUGAUGGUAAUCUCAUUGGUUCGAAAAAAAAACUGAGCAAAAAUCAAAGUCGAACCGCAAAACACGGCUUUUCCCCGUGAGACCUUUACUUUUUUUUUCCUAUGCUCCUUUAAAAAUCUUAAAAUACUGUUUUUGAAUUUAAGGAAUGGUCCAACAGUCCCAACUAUGCUGUACUGAUCGAUGUGAGGGACAGACCCACGCCUCAGGUUUGUUUUGUCUUAAGAAAAGAAUUUUGAAAACUUAGUAUCAAUAUUUCAUCAAUCAAUAUUUAUUGGGUGUUUUAGGCAGAUGGAAUCGAACAAAAGACGGAAAAAACUAGCUUUUUUCCGAAAAAAAAAGAAAAAAGAAAGUAAAUGUGGUAAACUUGGUAGAUCGAAGAAUCUAAAGUAAUGGCAUACUAGUAUAUAAAAAACAGUCGUUUUUUAUGAGGCUUAUUUUUCGAGUUUUCAAGUUUCGUGAGGUUUUCAGACUUUAUUAAGCUGUUAAAAGUUUAGUUUAAUUUUGAUAAAAAAAAAAAUUUUUUCAGAUCGCCUACCUGGUCCAGGGAAACCUGAUUAGAGACAAAGGCCGAAUUUUCCACCCUCUGCUGAAAAAUUACCUCGAGCACUACGAUGAUAACAAGCAAAAGUCGGUUUUCUAUAUUUUUCAAGCAAAAGUAAACUUAUUUUGCGAAUGAAACAAAGGUUGCAUCUGGAAUGGCUCUUUUUGCCUGAUUUUUGAGAACUUAGCUAGGCGAAAUAAUGAUAGAGCUUCAGACAAAGUGUAAAACUGCCGUUUUAUUAAAUAUAAUUGUCGUCUCAAAAUCGAUACCAUUAUUUUAGAGCGUCCGACUCAAAACGGCUUGCGCGAAAGAACUAUGAAAAAGACUUUUUUUUUCUCAACGCCUUGAGCCAUUCCAAAUGCGACAACUUUAAAAAUAACAUAAAUUAAAAAUUCGAUUUUGAAGGUACUUGGCCAAGCCGUGGCUCCGCGAUUUUUUCCCCGAUGAUUGA